ACAUAUACUCAGGGACUCAAUAAGAUAAAGCAGCUCUGGGGACCCAGUUCAUUAAUUUGCCACAGUGAGAGCAUCUUUUUUGGAUUAUAUCAUGUCAGGAACAAAGAAAAAGUUCUUAUUUUUCCUGCUUGUUCAGCUCCUUGCAUUUUCAUCUUUUAAGGCUGUUUCACCUGAAGCACCUUGCUGCAUCUUAGACAAGCGCUUUGGAGAAUUUUGCCCAACGACAUGUGGAGUCAGUAACUUCUAUCAAGAUUACCAGAGCAAUGUUAACAAAGAACUCAAGGAUAUUGAAAAAGAUUUGAAUACUAUUCAUAAUGUAUCCACUAUAACCAAAAAUAAGAUUGAUAAUAUUGUACAAACAAAUACUAUCAUGAAGAAACAAUCAUCAGACAUUUACAUUCAUAGGUUAAGAGAAAUACAGUCAGAGAUUUUGAUGUAUGAAAAAAACAGCAAAGGUGUAGAUACAGAAAUACAGGAUUUGGAAAGCAUAGUAUUAAUGAACAGUGAAAAAAUAAGUAGUUUAAAGAAAGUUACCCAACAACUUCAUGACAGAUGCAGUGCGUCAUGUCAAGACACAGUUCAAAUAAAUGAAAUUACAGGUCAAGACUGCCAAGAUAUUGCUAACAAGGGUGCAAGAACAAGCGGUCUUUACCACAUCCGACCAUUGAGAGCCCGCCGGCAGUUCUUGGUGUACUGUGAGAUAGAUUCGGCUGGGAGAGGCUGGACAGUGCUGCAAAGGAGGCUUGAUGGCAGUGUGGAAUUUGCUCAAAAUUGGAUUCCUUAUAAGGAAGGAUUUGGAUAUUUGUCACCUGAUGAUAGCACAGAAUUCUGGCUUGGCAAUGAGAAGAUACAUUUAAUAACUACACAGGGUGGUGGGCCCUAUUUGCUCGAAAUUGUCAUGAAGGACUGGUCAAAUGAGCGGAGAGUUGCUCGGUAUAUGCAGUUUAAAGUGGGAAGUGAAGAGGACAAAUAUCGUUUGCGUUAUAGUUAUUAUGAAGGAGGAGAUGCAGGAGAUGCUUUCGAAGGUGUCACCUUUCCUGAUGAUCCCAGUAGUGCAUUCUUAACAGCACACAAUGGAAUGCAGUUUAGCACACCAGACGUUGAUAAUGAUAAAUACGAGCAGGCCAGCUGUGCUGAACAAGAUCAAUCUGGAUGGUGGAUGAACAGAUGCCAUGCAGCAAAUCUUAAUGGCAAAUAUCACCGAGGUGGAUAUUACACAGUUGGUGCGACUACAGGUGGAUAUGAUAAUGGCAUUAUCUGGGCAACAUGGCAUGAUCGCUGGUAUUCUCUUCGAGAGACCACAAUGAAAAUCAUACCAUACAAGAAAUAUUCAGAGCUGAGAUCCCAAACUUCACAAACCCAAGUUCAUAGAGGCGAUUCUUCAUGGCUUCAAGCAUAAUUAAAUUUUAUGGCAGAGAUAUAUUAUAACUUCCAGCUUAUCAUGUGAAUUCCUUAAAUUUGAAGAGCACUCAAAACAGAAUUAAAUGCUGUGUUAAACAUUAUGCUGGAUGAGCCUAGAAUAAAGAACAUAUUGGAUUCUAAUUCCAAAUCUUUA